AUGUCAAUUGAAGACGGAAAACAAUACAAUAACUACCAAUACCAAGCUCCACCAAAAAUUGCAAACCCAGCCCCUCUUGGUCUCUGCGGUUUCGCUUUAACCACAUUCGUACUUUCAAUCGCCAACACAGGUUCCGCUAAUGUCUCCUCUCCAUCUAUCACUCUUGGUUUGGCUCUAUUUUAUGGAGGUCUCGCACAACUUUUAGCUGGUAUGUGGGAAUUUAAGACUGGUAAUACUUUCGGUGCUACCGCUUUCUCUUCAUAUGGUGGCUUCUGGUUAUCGUUCGCUUGUAUCAUUAUCCCCGGAUUUGGUGUGCCUGGCAGCUUUGCUAACAUCGAAGCAUUCGAACACGCUGUCGGCAUCUACCUUCUUGCUUGGACAAUCUUUACCUUCUUGAUGUUCAUUGCCUCUUUCCGUACAAACGCUGGAAUAAUGGUUCUCUUCCUCCUUUUGGACCUUACUUUCUUACUUCUUACUAUUGGUAAAUUUACCCCCGCUGGACCUGUCGGAGAUGUCAACAUUGCAACUAAAAUCGGUGGUAUUCUUGGAAUCAUUACUGCUCUGGUCGCCUGGUACAACGCACUCGCAGGUCUUCUAGCUGAUUCUGGCAUCAAACUUCCAAAUUAUGACUUGAAAAAAAGUGAUUAA